AUGUUUCGUAUGUUCAGGGGAGUUCUUCAGGAAAAACGGAGAAAGAAGGGUUUCCCUUCCUACGUGUUCGACAAAGAUUUUUCACUUUUUCCAAAGGAAACCCCUUUUGACUGGCAUCUAACACCGUUGAAUAAAACGUUUCUACCGUUUCUCAAAGAAGAAUUUCGCGACAAGCACAAUCCGGACAACAAGAUGCCUGGUAUUAACACAUGCCAAUUGCUAUUGGGCCACGCCAUGAGCUACACAGGGUGGCAUGUUGAAAACGUUAAUUUGCCGUCCAUCAAUUACCAUCACAGUGGAAAACCGAAGUACUGGGUGGUGGUUGCCGAGAAAUACGGCGUGCUGCUCAAGGAAUUCUUCCGUAAAAACAUUCCUAGUUUUUACGAAGAAUGCCGAUCUACAGAACUGCACAAAUGUUUUUUAGUUAUGCCACAACUCUUUAAGGCAAACGAUCCGCCGAUCCCCUUUCACUGCUUCAAGCAGUGUAAGGGGGAUUACAUCAUCACUUUCCCAGGCGCCUUCCAUUUUGUGGUGAAUUCCGGCUUGAACGUGGCUCAAGCGACAAACUUUGCUUUUCCCGAGUGGCUGCCCUUUGCCAAGGCUCGGGAAGGGUGCAGUUGCGUCUAUUCGGAAUCGUUUAUAGCCGUUAGCUCGCGUUUCAAUAUGUGA